AUGCUUUGUGUCACGGAUUGGGGUAACAGAACGUUAUCCUUCCACCUCCCCAACGGAAAACAAAUCCGUUCGGAGAAACCUUUGGGUUUCAACGCUUGCCGAAUAGUUCCUUAUCGUCACGCCGGUGGUGACUAUCUACUUGUCUGUGGAUCCAACCGACAGUGUCAGCUCUUUAGUAACGAAGGAUAUGCUCUCGGUUCCAUAGCUGGGUGUAGUAAGUGGGUCUGGGCCACGACAACCAAACAAAACAGCACAGUUGUGGCCGUUGGCAGUAAAGACGGAACAGUCGGUUGUCACCAGCUGAUAUUUAGCACCGUUCACGGUCUCUAUAAAGAACGCUACGCAUUCAGAGAACAUCUGACAGACGUGGUAGUCCACCACUUACUGACGGAGGAAAAAGUGCGUAUCUGUUGCCGUGACCUUAUCAAGAAAAUCGCCAUCUACAAAAGUCGCUUAGCGGUCCAGCUGCAAGAAAAACUCAUGAUUUACGAGCAACAGGAAGGCGAACAGCUGCACUAUGUCAUCAAGGAAAAAAUCAGUCAGAAUUUCGAAUGCAGCCUUAUGGUCAUUUGUACCAACCACAUCAUUCUGUGUCACGGCGUCAAGGAACGCAAGUGGACGUUAGAUUCACCCGUGCGCUACAUAAAAAUCGUCGGCGAACCGGCCAACAAAGAGGGUCUCCUGCUAGGCUUGAAGAAUGGCCAGGUGUCCAAAAUAUUUUUAGAUAACCCUUUCCCGGUGGAGUUGCUCAAGAUCAGUGUCCGUAUCCGCUGCCUGGACUUGAGCUCUUCACGCCAAAAGGUGGCCAUUGUAGAUGACAACAAUACCUGCUCUGUCUAUCAAUUGAGCAACAGUGAAUUGAUUUCUCAGGAGCCACAUGCUAAUAGCGUCGCUUGGAACAUUCACUGCGAAGAUAUGGUUUGCUUCUCGGGUCAGAACUGGUUGAACAUCAAAGCAUCGAAUUUUCCCUGUCAUCAGCAAAAGUUUCAAGGCUACGUCGUGGGAUCUACGGCGCCAAAAUCUUUUGCUUGCAGGGAUAUAGCAUGGCCACCCUUCAGCUUACGAAGUGGCUUGUAUGGGCGUGACGGAGGCCGACUGGUUCAGCUGGCACACGAGUCGGUCAAUGCGCUGGAACUGGACAUUGCCACACAGGCGUUCCAACGUAUCCAGGACUACAAAUACCUGGAGCUGAUGGAAUUAUUCGCCAAUCGAAAGCGGCUGGGAGGACCACAGGCGAAUAUCAACCACAAUGUAUUUAUCGGCGACAUCCUUGCGUGGCAGGGAAAGUUCAACGAAGAGGCUCGCUUGUACCGCAAGUGCGGCCGUAGCGACAAGGCGGUGGCUCUCUUCACCGAUUUGCGCCUUUUUGAUCAAGCCCAGAAGUAUCUCGGCGGAGACAGUACGACCGAACGGAUGAACAUCCUGAAAAAACGGGCGGAUUGGGCGCAAGAUAUUCACGACCCACGAGCCGCAGCAGAAAUGUACCUGAAUGCCGGUGAAAUUCUCAAAGCUGUUGAGAUUAUCGCUGCCAACGGAUGGACAUCCAUGCUUGUUGACGCGUCUCGAAGACUGGACGCAACGGACCAAGCGUCAACGUUACGCAUCAUUGCAGACCAUCUUCGUCGAUUGGGAUCAGUCCAGCUGGCCUGUGACAUCCUGCGGCGUCUUGCUCUGGCACUCGCCAAGCAGCAUCCCGAUAUCAGUCGAAAUGUUUACCUACCUUAUGCUCGUUGGCUGGCCAAACAGGAGCAAUUUAUCGAAGCUCAGCAAGCUUAUUACGGAGUGGGUUGUUUGGACGAAGCGGAGCGAGUUCUCAACACACUAGCAAUGAACUCCGUGGCGUUAAACAAAUACGAAGACGCCUCACAUUUCUUCUGGCUCUUCGCCAAACAUCGGCUCCAGUUGGCCACUAAAGCGUUAGCUAUUCCAUUUCUACAAAAACUUUCUGAAUGA